UUAAAACAUGAAAAUUUAAAUGUUGUUAUCCAUGUCUUUUGUCCUUUAUGGUCUCUUAUGUGGCAUUAGUAUAUGUGUUUGUGUGCUUGCAGUGUUUUAGCUCACAGAAGACAGUUGGGUUACUCUGUGUCUGACAGAGUAUUACAUUUUGAUAACAUGUACAUACUUUCAUUUGUAAAAGUCUUAAAGCCAGUGAGUGUAUGUAUGCUUCUGAUCUUUGUUUUCUUGCACAUACAGAAGAUGCAGAACUCAAGGAAAAUAUUGAAGUUCCAUAGAUUGUAGCAUGUCCCUGUUUCAAUGUAAAAGAGAGGGAGAAAUGAAAGGGGGAAAGAAUGACAGUGAGAUUGACAAUUAGAAAGAGAGGGAAGAGAGCUACCACAGGAAAUAUGAAAGAAGAUAAAGACACAGAGAGAAGAAAGGGCUAAAGAAGGAAAAUCCAGAAACUUUCUCCCAAGUGACUAAAUCUACAUGUUCACUAAGUCACUAUCAGGUGACAGGACUUUGUAGUCAUUAAAUAUUAUUUUGUAUACAAAUUCAGGGACAUUCUGUUGAAUUUUAAACUGCCUUUACGCAGCAGUGUUAAUUGUAAACAAUGUUGAAUAGGACUUUACUUAUCCCAACUGAGCCACCGCCAUGGAUGUAAUACUAGUACCUGCCAGACCAAUAGAUGGCAGCAUAAUGACUACAUUUCGUAGCCGGAUGGGGAAUGCAGAGGCAUAUUCUUCAAAAUAAAAGAACUACUAGUUUGUUAUAAUGGCUGAAAUGUGCGUAUUGUGGUUGCUAUUCAGUUAGCAACGUGUUUCUUUAUAAUGGUGUUUUAUAUUAAUUUGUCAUUAAACUGUUGUUGAUGAAUAACUGAUGAUUGUAUCUGAUACUGCUAAAAAGCCACCGCUACCCUAAAAAUGCAGUGUCAAUAUUAUGUGAAAAAGAAAAAUAGGUUAUGUAAAAUGACCGUCAAAGAAGGUGAAAGAUUCUGCGGUCAGCACAUGGCUGUUGACAGCCUUAAGGACUGGAACGACAAUACAGGAGAAAUUAAGCAUCCAAAACGAGUGGCAUGCCCUUACGACAAUAAACAUUCUUGCUAUGUAAAGAACCUGAAGAAACAUACAGCUGCCUGCAAUUCAAGACCAAGAGAGAAUCCUCCAUUCAUCAUUUCUGGGAUCAACUGUGGUGAUCAGAACGUUAAAAGAAAUUGUCGGAAAUUUGCUGACUUAAGCACAGAUGAGUUGACACUUCUGAUGCAAAAAAUUGAAUCUGUGUAUAACAGUCACAUACCGACAGUUGAGAGAGAGAUCUUGAAGCAUGCAGUACUGUCAGAGGAAUUAAACAAUUCCAGUUAUGGUCCAAAUAAAAUGAAACAUUUGCUUCAAAACUCGUCAUUAUUGGGACAUGCAAAAAAAUCUGGUCUUCUGCAAGGGAAUACAGUGUUCAUUGAGUUUGGUGCUGGAAGGGGUCAACUAAGUUAUUAUGUUGCACAGAUAAUGCAGGAAGAUGAUAAUUGUCUGUUACUUCUGAUUGAUCGUGCAAGUCAGCGCCACAAAUUUGAUAACAAACUCAAGGAAUCUCCUAUGCCCUACAAACGUAUUCGCGCAGACAUAGCAGAUCUUUGUCUGGAAUUUAUGCCAGUCUUACACCUGUACAAGAGGAUUGUGUCCCUUGGGAAGCAUCUCUGUGGAUCAGCUACAGAUCUUGCACUGCGGUCCAUGAUUGGUGGUGACAGAAUGGAAGAGGAGAGAGGCGUUUGUGCUGCUGGGAUUCUCAUGGCAAUGUGUUGUCAUCAUCGCUGUGAUUGGGGUUCCUAUACUGGCAAAGAUUUUAUGGUGGCUCAUGGAUUCACAGCUGAGGAUUUUGAUGUGAUGUGUGGAAUAUCAAGCUGGGCAACUUGUGGAUCCGGACGCAGCAGAGAGACAUCCGAUUCUGAAGAACAUGUUGAUGGUCAUAUGCAUGCUGAUGGACAAAGACCCAUCCACUUGACUCUAACUGAAGAUGAAAGGAAGAUUAUUGGAAGGAAAAGCAAAGCUAUAUUGAAUUAUGGACGUCAAGUGUAUCUUGAGAGUCAUGGCUACAAGUGCAGACAGAUUGAAUAUGUUAGUGAGGAAACCUCGCCAGAGAAUGUUUGCAUCUUGGCAAAGAGAGUAGCAGAUAAUUUGAUGCUUUGAACCUUAUUUUAGCUUGUAAGAAUAAAGGUGUACGUGUGUAUGUGUUCAUUAUUUAAUGAAGAGCAUGUUGCUUUUAAAGUUUUAUACUUACAAUUGAAUUGUGAUGUGGUAAUUUCACUGUACAGACUUAAGGGAAAUAGUUUCCCUCGAAAAAUGGGUAAGAAAGUUUUAUGUUGUUACCAUUUGAUAAGAAAACAUUAUGCACUUUGAAUUGUGUGUAUGUAUAAUAAUAAUAAAUUUAAUGAAGUUAUCAG